AUGGUCGUUCUCACGCUCAUCACGCGUGAUCCGUCGUUCACGCGCUCAUCACGCGUGAUCCGUCGUUCACGCGUUCAUCAUGCGGGAUUCAUCGUUCACGCGCUCAUCACGCGUGAUCCAUCGUUUACAGGGAGGUUGCAUCAGAUCCGUCAGGCGAGCGACCCGAUCGGCAGAACGGCGACGUCGCUGAAGAACAACUUUCUGACCUCGUUCUCUCGAAAAGCCGCGGUGGCGAGAGGAACAACGUUCGCGAGAAAGGCGGGAGGUGGGCCGAACCCGGUGGCAGUAGACAUCGUGCUGCUGCUCGAUAGCAGUGGCAGCGUCGGCUCCCCAGCCUUUGUCCAGGCAAAAACCGUGCUGAAGGACGUGGUCGAGUUCUUGAACAAGGAGAAUGGCGUAUCAUCAGCCGGGAUUCGCGUAGGUGGCGUCGUGUUCUCGGAAACCGGAAAGACGUCGACAAAAUUCAACUAUCUGCAACACCACACGCAGAACACACUCGCCAAUGUUCAAGCGCAGAUUCUGGCGAUACCAUUCGACAAUGGUGGCGCCACCGCCACGAGAGUUGGUCUCCAGCAAUCCCUCGAUAUGAUCAGGACAUACGGUCGGACCGGUUCACAGAAAUCCGUUUUCGUGUUAACCGACGGUCAGUCAAACCAAGGCGGAGAUCCGUGCUCAAAAGCGGCAGAGAUGAAAAAUCUUGGCUAUGAAAUCUUCGUGUGGGCGAUUGGAAAGAGUCAGUCAAGCAGCGCCCAGAAAGAGUUGGAAUGCAUUGCCAACGACGAUAAUCAUAUAUUUAAGAUCGACACGUUCAGCAAUGCGGCAGAAGUGACCAAACGUAUACGCGCCUUGUGCAUCUAA